AUUAUUUUGGUGGAAAGUGCAAUGGGGAGAAAGCAAAGGAAAAGGAAAAAGAAAUUAAACAGCCCUAAAGAGAGAGGGAAAGUGAAAUCAAUUCUCAAUCAAAUGCCACACUUCCAGAUCUAACCUACACUCCCAAAUGUCCAACAUUCCCACCGCCGGCUACGGAACCACCGCCGGCUACGGCACCAUCGCCGGCGCCACCAAUGCCACUUCACCGACCACCACCACCACCAUCUCCUUCGUCACCCCUCGGCCAUGGCGCGAGUUCCUGGACUUCUCCGCCCUAUCCCGCCCCUUCUCCUACGACGAUGCCAUGAUCCGACUCCGAAGAAACCUCAGCUACUUCCGCUACAACUACGCCGCCGUAACACUUCUCAUCGUGUUCCUCAGCCUCCUCUGGCAUCCCAUCUCCAUGAUCGUCUAUCUCCUUGUCUUUGUUGCAUGGUUCUACUUCUACUUCUCUCGCCACGGCCCCCUCGUCGUGUUCAACCAAACCCUCGACGAUAGAACCGUGCUCUGCGUUUUGGCGGUUAUCACUGUCGUCGCGCUCGUUUCUACUCACGUUGGCCUCAACAUCUUGCUGUCGUUGAUCGUCGCCGUGGUGUUCGUUGGCCUGCACGGUGCGUUUAGGGUUACUGAAGAUUUGUUUCUUGAGGAGGAAAGUGGGUUGCUUUCAGUUGUGGGAACUCAGCCUGUCAGAACUAACUAUACCCCCAUUUGAUUACAUUCAAUUCCGCCAACACCAUCGGGUUUUUGAAUUUUUCUUUUUCUGGUUUGAGAAGUAUAAAUGUGCAAUUGAGAAGGCAGGGCUCAAAUUGAUUUCCUGAUUGGGAUGGGUUUGUUACUGUGUUCGUGGGAAGGCAUUGAUCAACAUUGAAUUGGAUAUUGGAAUUAGGUGUGGCUUUAUCGAUUUCUGUCAUAGAGACACGACGAUUUUCCAAGGAUCAAAAUUCGUUCCCCGUGGAGCUAUUUUGCUUAUUUAUCAGUUCCUUGUUUACAUUCUAUUUGAUAAGUUUGGCUCUCUUUCUGCAUAACCUCAUUUUUUUUUUCCAUCGCUAAUCUGUAGUCUAGUUAACGUGUCUUACUGAUGACGGCUUUGAUUCUGUUGCCUGCUGUGUUACCCGUGGUAAUUUUCAUCAGUUGCUCAACCUUAAACUGAACUCAUUACGAAACGCAGAUUGUAUUUUGCUUGUAGUCUUGGAAUUGUUCAUUUUCACAUACAUGUUACAGGGCCCUGUCAUAUUUUAUGUU